AUGCCCAAACAAACUCGCACCCCAGGACAACCCCUCCAAGAACGUCCCCACCUCGACACCCACGUCCAACAAACCCUCACCCGCGCCCUCUUCCGCGAACCCACGCUUGCGCGUCGCCAAAAACAAGCACAGGUGCAGCGCAGAGAAACACUCGUCCAGAGAGCAGUCCAAAGACCCCAUGUAAGUAUCUUCACCGAAUCCGAUUCUGACAUCUUCCCUGUAGUGCAUACUCCUUCCUUUACCGUUUCGCCCGAAGAUGCUUUUGCUGUUCGGGGGAGCGGGGCAGGUUCGCCCGUUUCGCCUUUGACUCCUGAGGCUCUGUCGCAGUCGCAGUCGCGGUCGCAGUCUGAAUCUCAAGAGCAAGACGCUGAGCAAGAACAAACAAACUACACCCUCGAGAUCGAACCCGCGACUCCAGCCUCGGAACUCGAACCCCGUGGUGCAGCGAUGUAUACCCAUUGGUAUUUUGAUCAUCAGGCGGCAAACCACUAUGAUGAGAAACAUGUGAGUAUGAGUGACAGGUCUGCGUUUACGAUGAUGAGUGGAGGGUUGGAGAGGAGAAGGGGGGGAGUGAGGGUUAGUGUUAAGAGGGUGAAGACGUGGAUUCGAGAGAAAGCGGAGAAGAAGGAGAGAGAAAGGUUAGAGAGGAGACGGGAGAAAAAGGGGAGUUGGUGA